CUCUAUCCUAUCUUUUUUUUCCUCUGUGCGUACGGUGUCUGGUCUUUCUGCGUUACCCUCUGCUCUGCAUUUGUCCUCAGUUGCGAGCGUUCUCUUCCAGCGCGUGGAUGGAUGGGAGUGGAGUAUGAGCACGUGUGUAUCAGUUGAGCGAGGAAAGAGAGCAAGAAGGCAACAGCGAAGCAGACUCGAGUAAACGGUUUGGUGAAAAGAGGCGCGGGAGAAGAGACUGAGGCUGAUCAGCGCUGCACUUGCAUGUGUGCCAGUGCUCAUGAUGGAGCUGAAAGACAGCUGUGCCAGCGAGGGCAGCCAUGAAACAGAAAGCGCUGGCACAGGCAACCUGUCAGGCCCCUUGUCCUGGCAUGUGUUUGCCCAACGCAGCACGCUACACGGCCUGCGAUACGUUUUCCCACACCGCCGCUCCUCAGCCCUGCGACGCGUUCUCUGGAGUGCAGCUCUUCUGGCCUGUCUCGGCCUGCUAGCGCUGGAGGGUGCGGAACGUGUAGCCCACUUCCUAUCGUAUCCCCAUGUCGCCAGCGUGGGCGCCGUGCCCGCGACGAGCCUAGUGUUCCCGGCCGUCACCGUGUGCAACCUAAAUGCUUACCGCUUCACACGUCUCACACGAAAUGACCUCUACCAUGCAGGAGAACUGCUGGCACUGCUUGACGUACAUCUGCAUGUACCCGAGCCACACCUGGCCGAGCCCCACGUGCUUGACUUUCUCGCAGAGCACGCCAAUUUCAGUGGCUUCCGGCCCAAACCGUUUAGCAUGCGCGAGUUCACCGAGCGCGUCGGACAUGACCUCCACGAGAUGAUGCUUUAUUGCCGCUAUGAGGGCCAGGAGUGCAGCCACCGGGACUUCAAAACCGUGAGUCUCCUGAUUUUUUUUAGUUUUCAUUUGCAGAGCCAGGAAAAGGCAGACUGA